UUCUGGUUCCCUUCGGCUUCCAUAACCCGCAAAGGCAGAGGCUACAGAGUUUAAUGGCUCAACCUCAACGGGAUGCAAGUAAGGAUCUAAUAAGUCAUCUGCCGUUAGAGAUAAAGGACAGAAUUUUGGAGCGUUUGCCCACCCGAGAUGCUGCUAGAACUACUCUGCUCUCAACCCACUGGAAUGAUGUUUGGUUGCAGCAUGGGCGGCUUGCGUUUGAUUUGGACUUCUUCCCGCGUUUCAGAGAAUCCAAAGGUCAUAGUUUUGUACCUUACGUUAAAAUAAUAACAGACAUUCUCUUACAGCGUGUUCGACCCGUGAAGAAGUUUAGUCUAGAAAUUGAAUACCUCGGAUUACUUGAUCCUAAACUGGAGCAGUCCGAUUUAGAUCAGUGGUUUCUUUUUCUAUCAAGAAAUGGCGUUGAGGAACUUGACUUCUCACAAGGGGACAGUGAAAUUCAAUUUAAGCUGCCACUUUGUAUAGUCUCGUGCCCGACAAUCAAGCAGCUGAGACUCUGGGGUGUGGAUUUUGAUUUCCCACUAAAUGCUCCUUGUGUUUUUCCCUGUGUUACUUCAUUACAUUUCGCGGGUCUUGCCUUUAAUCAUAAUGUUAAUGGAAUUGUGUAUAGUAUUCCUAAUCUUGAGAAGCUUUAUUUCAGUAGUUGUAGAGGGAUCAAUAAUUUUAAAAUUAGUGCUCCAAAACUUGAAAGCUUGUCUAUUUUUGGUUUUAUAUCUAAGGUUGAAUCGAGCUGGCUUGCACUUCAUUUGAAAGUAAUUAAGGUUCUUUGCAUGGAGGGCUACUUGUUCUUCAAUUGGAGUGAUGCUGAAGUAGCCUCCUUCCCAACUGCAAUAAAUCUGCAAGUAAUCAAACUGGAUUGUUUAGAGUUUGCCUAUGGAAAGCAGCUCAAGGGUGUUUUGCACUUGCUUCAAAAAUCUCCCAAUCUAUGUGAACUGGACAUUACAGAAUAUGAUUACAUAGAAGAUCAUGAUGACAGGGAAGAUUAUUUCAUGGAAGAUUAUGACAUAGAAGCUGGUUCAAGACUUUUGAAAGAUCCAGAGAGUUGCAUUAUUAGUAAGGAUCUAAAAAUGCUUAAAACAAUCAAGAUUAAACUGUUUUUUGGAUCCACAGUUGAAAUGCUUCUUGUGAAAAUGUUGCUCUCAAAAUCCCCUACACUAGAAAGAGUUGUUAUUACGGAAUCUCAUUAUAUAGAAGAUGGUUGCACGGUGAUCAAGCUCCUAAGGACGUUGUUGUGCUUCCCUCGUGCAUCUCCAAAAGCCCAAAUUGUCAUCAAGGGCAAAGACUAUUUGUAUGCAACUUAGUAGUGUAAGCAAUGGUGAUGAUGGAACUUGGGAUGUUUUGUUAGAUAAGGAUGGCACCUUAGAUUGUUUCAGUUUGUAUACAACUUAGAAAUGUAAGCAAUGGUGAUGAUGGAACUUGGGAUGUUUUGUUA